GUGUCGUGUUGAAAACUAAAUAUAACUCAAUACUCCCCUAAAACUCUUAAUAGUUUCUUCCACCGGGACUUAUUGCAUGAGGUUUGCAAAGAAGCAGUGCGGUUCUGUGGGAUAUUACGCGCAAGGAGAAAUUCGGUGUGGAACUGUCCACGUUGCAAGCGGGGAGCACGUUGUGAAAUUUCAUCACUCAAUAUGGCAGAGGAGGGGGCAGUUCCGGGUGUGGAGAACCUGAAGCUUCAGGAUGGAGAACAGAACCCGCCAGAGGAGGAGACUGAGGACCAACUGAUCACUCCAUGGGAAGUCACGUCAGGAAGUCAGAAAGGUGUUAACUAUGACAAGUUAAUAGCCCAGUUUGGGAGCACGAAGAUUGAACAGGACCUAAUUGACAGGAUUGUGAGAGUGACAGGAAAGCCCGCCCACCAUCUACUGACUAGAGGCAUGAUCUUUUCACACAGGGAUGUCAACCUGAUCCUAGAUGCCUACGAAAAAGGGAAGCCAUUUUUCCUAUACACAGGGAGAGGGCCAUCAUCAGAAGCAAUGCAUGUUGGACAUCUCAUUCCCUUCAUGAUUACCAAGUGGUUACAGGACAUUUUUGACGUUCCCUUGGUGAUCCAGCUGACUGAUGAUGAGAAGUUUCUGUGGAAGGACCUGACAGCAGAGGAGGCCAGAAGACUGGCUAGUGAGAAUGCCAAAGACAUCAUUGCCCUGGGCUUUGACGUCGACAAGACCUUCAUUUUCUCAGACAUGGACUACAUCGGCUCUUCACCAGAUUUCUACCGCACCAUGCUGAAAAUUCAAAAAUGUGUCACCUUCAACCAAGUCAAGGGAAUCUUUGGCUUUGGGGACAGUACAUGCAUAGGAAAGAUCAGUUUUCCAUCUAUCCAGGCAGCCCCAUCCUUCAGCUCAUCCUUCCCACAGAUCUUUGGGGGUAGAAAAGAUAUCCAGUGUCUGAUCCCGUGUGCCAUUGACCAGGACCCGUACUUCAGAAUGACGCGUGACGUAGCUCCCCGUCUGGGCUUCCCCAAGCCUGCUCUGCUCCACACCACCUUCCUGCCUGCUCUGCAGGGGGCCAUGACCAAGAUGAGUGCUAGCGAUGCUGUCUCCUCUCUCUACCUAACAGAUACAAAUGGACAGAUCAAGAAGAAGAUCAACAAGUAUGCGUUCUCCGGAGGGCAGGCAACAGUGGAGGAGCACCGCAGACUGGGAGGGAACGUAGAUGUGGAUGUGUCCUACAUGUACCUCACCUUCUUCAUGGAGGAUGAUGACAAACUGCAGCAGAUCAGAGAGGAUUACUCCAGUGGCAAAAUGCUAACAGGAGAGCUGAAGAAGGAACUGAUUGGAAUCCUGCAGAAGGUCGUGUCUGAGCACAUUGAGAGGAGAAAAAAGGUCACUGAUGAAACUGUCAAGGAGUUCAUGACACCAAGGAAGUUGAAAUAUAAUUAUUGAGCAUUAGAAUAUGUGUAAAAUCAUUCUCUGAGUAUAAGGAUAUGUGAUUUAACAAAUGUACACAAAGAAUUAUAACGAUAAUACAAAUGUUUACCAAAAAUCUCCAAAAGUCAAAUGUUACUAUGGUGAGUACAUUGACAACAGUAUGAAAGUCCCUCUACAGGGUUCAAAGUAGCACCCUAUCAACUACAGGUGAUGGCUGGUAGUACCUCAACAAAGAUGCUCCCAAUAAUGUACCAUGUACCACUAUUUCACCACAUAUGGUUUAUACAUGUAUCCAAUGGUGUACUUGAUAAUGACAGGUGUAACAUGAAGAUAUGUGUGAGACCAAUCAAAGAAAUAAUGACGAAGAAUGAAGAAGCAAUUUCUUGAGUCUUGUUGUAUCAGUACAUGUGUAUUUAUCUGCUCAGUAUCUAGAUUCCAAAAAGAAUGAAUACAGGUUGUACUUUGGGCUAUUUUAAAGUUGAAAUCCUUACUACUUUAAAUUAGAAAUUCCUCACUCCUCAGUAUGUGUUACAACUUAAAUUCAAUAUACGAAAAAUUAGUUUGUCACCACCCUGCCUUAAACAUCCUUUCAUUGCAUUGAUUUAAUUCUAUUAGAAUUUGAAUGGAUAAGUAAAACUGUUGGGUGGUGCCUUUAUUAUUUGUAAAGUAGCAGAUGACUGGCUAUAAUACAACUUUUUUAAUGAUGUGUUGUUGGAAAUAAUCUUUUUAUUUACCACUUAGAUGUCUGACUGGAAGAAAUUUGCUUAAAAAAGAAAGUAUAGAUAGAUGAUUUAACAAAAGAGAUAACUGUUUCACUGUUAGUGUUUAAUACAUGUAUAUGUAAAUUAUAUGUGUGGUUGUCCAAAUGCAGCCUAUGCAUAUGCUUUAUGUCAGCAUGACACCAUGCUAUACCAAUAUUAUUCACAUGCUUGUUAAAUAUAGCAAGAAGAAAUAAAGAAACUAAGCAUUGAA